UGACUGAGUCUUCCAUGUCUCCGAUUUCCCUCGCAAUCGUUUCUUACAUCUGACGCCAACCUGCUGUUUCCGGCGCACUUUCCUCCACUACCUUACCUUCCUUAGGUAGGUACCUUGCGGUCCACUCUCUGUGCCUCCCUCUUUCCAAGGUUCUCUUCCAUUUCCAUCAUUUCCCUGCUCAUCCUUUCCGUCGGCUUCCAUCUUCGAGACAAAUACUCCUCCAAGUCAUCAUUGCGCACUCUGUAGGGAGAAACAAAACAUCGUCAGCAUACCUUAGACAUCGUCAUCUCCGCUCCGAGUGUCAACUGCGCGCAAACUCAAUCGCCAAUUGCCUCGUGCCUCGGCUCCGUACCCAUUACUCCAGACUCUAUUUUUCGCUCUUGAAUCUGGCCAGGGUAAGGUACAUACGAUACGGUCAAAUCUGGGCCAGUCUCAUCUUUUCCGACUCAUUGCGCCAGAAUAAGAAACGCGACGUUUCUGCGUUCCUGUUCCCCCACACUCUGCCCUUCUCGAAGCGGGUGCAUCCUGGACAGCUGCAAGGGAAGCUGUGCGGAUCCAGCCGAGAAUCGACGGAGACAUGCAACUUUGUCUUUCUUGAUUACUUUCCUGCGUACUGCGUAUUCUUCCGAGUACAGAUACGUUCCAUACACCAUAACUUUGCUGUCAAAUUACCAAGCCAACCCGAAUUGCCCGCAUACGGCAACUAGCAGGUUCUGGAAUUGCUUACCGACCAACACCAGCUAUACCUUACCUAGCUGUUCAUCAAAGAAAGGGUGGAAACGCGGGCUACGUGGAUGCCUUGCUUUAGCAUACGGAAUACGCGGACUGGACGAAUCCGAACCCGCGUAAUACGUACCCGGUCUCCCAACCACCAGAAAACACCACCACCGACCGUGUUUGACCAACGACGGUUGAGCAAGCGAGCGCCGGUUUCCUUUGGGAGAAAACCUCGCGCCGCGCCCAGCACAAAGUCCGCUUCUUCUCGUUUCCAAAGAAAUUUCGUAUCGGGAACGACGGGAUCCAGGAGAGCGAUAUAUCCAGUAGACAGGCCCUACCGUUCAAUUCACGGCCACCCGCGGCGACGGGCAAUAUCGGCCGUCUGCGAAUUCCGGCCUCCCCGUUGGACCGUCAAAUCAUCCGCCCACCGUCGUCACACUGCUCCAAUCCCAUUCGUGAAGCUCGGGUGUCUCGGAUCACUCGUAUUACUACAUCUUGAAUCACUCAACCACCCACCGACGACCACCACACCUCGACCUCAGGCCCGCGACCUACUCAGCUUACCCGCGCUUACCUCUCGUGCCCACAGACGGCCCAAGUGCCCGCAACUCUGUACGCGGCUAUCUUCCUCGUCGGCGUUCGCAUGAUGGGAAAUGUCGACCCCUAGGUCUUCUGCCAUAAAAUCCAUGGACGCUGGCCGUCGCGAAGAUGGCCAGGCACCACCACCACUGCCGCCCCCGGCACCCGUUUCUGAACCUCGUCUCUCAACCCCCCUCAGCCGUGAAGGCUCCUCGACUGCCCAGAAGUCACCUGGCGGUUCAGAGUCUCAAGGCAGCAGUUUUCCGACCUUUGCCAAGAAGACACCCACGAAGCUCGUUCGGAGUACGACGCCGAAUGCAAAGGACGGCAAGGCCGACAAGCCCUCGCCAGUCGCCGUCCAAUCUCCUGCCGCAAUUGACCCGCUAUCUCAGCACAUUCUGAUGCGAACCAACACCGGCCAUACUGUUCCUCCUCAGCUUCGCAAACGCCCCGAUAGUCCUACUCAGGUUCCAGAGCAGCCAACGAAGCUUCCUGCGCAUGCAUUCGAUGCCACCAAGGACAAAAAAAAAGGGCCAUCAUUCCUAAGUCGAUUGAGUAUGCGAGGAGGACGAAGACGCGAAGACGACGAGGACUCUGUCUUCAGCGAUCACCGGAUAGAUGGGACAAAUGCCCAAGCCUUUGGUUCAGUUAUUGGGUCCGGAUACAUACCCCACCACAAAGAACCCCCACGGUACAUCCGGGUCAAGGCACAUAGCAAGAAGAUCCGCGAGUUCAAUCGCAUGUUUCUUGCCCAGGAGCUAUUCAUUCCACAGCCCGACUCGAAGGACGAUACGAAUACGACAGCAACAGCAUCGAUCGACACUCGACGAUCGAACACAAGCGGAGCUAUUUGGGCAACGGAGUUCAGCACCGAUGGCAAGUAUUUUGCUGCUGCGGGAAAGGACCAAGUUGUGAGAGUAUGGGCUGUGAUAACGACGCAUGAGGAGCGGCGUCGUCACGAAGAGGAGGAAAACGCAAACGGGGCCAGUGGAGAAAGGUUGAGUGCACCUGUCUUUCGAAGCAAGCCGAUUCACGAGUUCCGAGGGCAUACAGGCGAAGUACUAGACCUCAGUUGGAGCAAGAACAACUUCCUGUUGUCGUCGUCGAUGGAUAAGACUGUUCGUCUAUGGCACAUCAGCCGGAAAGAAUGUCUCUGCACGUUCAAACACAAGGACUUUGUCACGUCGAUAGCGUUUCAUCCUACUGACGACCGGUUUUUUCUUGCGGGAUCCCUCGACUCGACACUGCGUCUCUGGAGUAUUCCGGACAAAGCUGUAGCUUACUCUACCCAAUUGUCUGAUCUCAUCACGGCUGUGGCGUUUUCACCUGACGGGAAGACUGCAAUAGCUGGCGGGCUCUCUGGCAUGUGCAUGUUCCACGACACGGAGGGCCUCAAACAGAACUCUCAGCUGCAUGUGCGAUCAUCGAGAGGCAAGAAUGCCAAGGGCAGCAAGAUUACUGGUAUCAAGACGAUGGUCAUUGAUGACGAAGUUAAGGUUUUGAUCACAUCCAACGACUCAAGAGUACGCAUCUAUAAUCUGCGCGACAAGAGCCUGGAAUCCAAGUUCAAGGGCUACGAAAAUACUUGCAGUCAAAUUCACGCCGACUUCAGCGACAACGGACAGUGGAUAGUAUCUGGCAGCGAAGACAAGAGAACGUAUAUCUGGUCUGUGCAUUCCGCAGAAUCAGACAAGGAGAAGCCCUGCGAAUACUUCGAUGCCCAUUCAGAUCGAGUUUCAACAGCGAUAUUCGCUCCGACCAAAUCGCGCCAGCUCCUUGGUGGCUCGGGGGAUCCUCUUUACGACCUCUGCAACCCUCCCCCAGUCACUCUAAUGAGCCUCGAGGAGUCCGUUGCCAGCCAAACAGGUAACUCGGACGACGAAAAGCCUCAGGUCAAGCAGCAGAAGAUUAAAAGACCGGAAGAAUCGCCCGCGUACAUCGAGAAGUCGAAACAUUUUGACGGGCAAAUUCUCGUCACCACGGACCAAUCUGGGGGCAUCAAGAUUUUCCGCCAGGACUGCGCAUACAUCAAACGCCGCCAUGAGAACUGGGAAACGGGUUCAACAUUCUCCCGUCGCAUGGGAGGAAGCAUUGUUGGACGCAGCGGGAGUGUAGCAACGCGCACAAGUGUCGGUAGCCAACCGCGCUCACGCCGGGGCUCGGUUUCCCGCCUGGCAGCUCCUGGUGGUGCUCAGCUGAGCUCCGACAUCAAUACGUGGCGGCAUGGAAUCGAAAGUGGGCGCCCGAGCUCCAUGAUCAUUACAGCAUCUCAAAGCCCCCGGUCUCUAUCGCCUAACAAGGCGUCACGGACGCCAAUCAACAACAGUGCCUCCAACCUUGCAUCAGAAGCGCGAAAACAACCAUACAGUGGAUCAUCACCACCGGCACGUCCGCAACUCCCAGCUAGUCCCACAUCGAGCCGGGCUUCCCGUGACCGGGCUCCGUCCAUUCCUCCGACCCCGAGUUUCUCUUUUCUAUCCGCCGAUGACGACGAAAGCGAUGAGCUUCGGCUUGAUCCUGCGGGCGCCAGCUAUUCUUUCUGGAAUCUCAAUCGAUGGCGUGGGAUCUCAUCCUUGCGAUCGUCGGUGUCGUUUAGUAACGUCAAUACAUCGCAAUCGCAGGUUGGCCAGGGGCGAAAUAGCAUGAGCACAGCAGACACGAUGCAAACUUCGGCUAGUAAUGGAACCAAAGCUUCCCGCCGCAAGAGCUUAGGUGCAGGCAUACACGACUUGGCCGUGCAAGAAGAUCACAAAGGCACAACGAAGAGCAUUGAGGAUGCUGCUGAUAAAGCUGAGGUAGAUGAACAUUUACUACAACCAGACAAUUCACGGAUCGGAGAUCGUCUUCGGAACUCGGUUGUCAGCCGUCUAAGCUCCGAGUAUACCAGCGAAGACGGCGAACAAAUGACUUGUCAAAAAUGUGCGAGCAAGGAUUUCAAAGCGAAGAGAGUUGGUGGCAGACAACGCCUGAUCUGCGUCAAGUGCGGUAAGCUUGCUGAUGACGGCAGGUAGGAACGAAUAGGCAGAGACAUGAGCGGAUUUUUGUCUGAGGACAGAAGUUUCUUGGGGCUCGAUUUCAAUUUUACAUUUUCUAUUCGACAGCGAUGGAUUUGACCGCUUGGGCACGAUACGACGAGGCGCAUCUAUCAUGAUCAAGAACAACAGAUACCCCACACAAUAACGGCCGCAAAGAUAUGAUCAAGGACGACGGCAUAUAUCUCUAUUUUCUUUACUAGUUUUUUCAUACAUACAGACCAAGGAGUCAAAAGGAUAUCGGUUGGGUAGCAUUUUUUGGGUGACGAAAUACAGCAACAAAGCGGCGCAAGUGAGGAAUCGGGGACAUGAAAAGUUUGAUGAG